AUGUCGAUUGGAAUAACAGAAAAACAAGUUUCAUAUGAUAAUCCAUGUGCACCUCUAGUGAAAUUUUCUCAUUCAAAUAAUAUUGAUGAUUUUGACGACGACGACGGAGAUAUGAUGGAUGAUCAAACAACAUCUUCAAAUACUCCCACUGAACCAACUAUUGGACAUUCAUUCAAAGCACUUUCACUCGAAGAUCUUGUUAAAUCAUUUGAUAAUACAAUCCAUGCUUGUUUUCCAGAACAACAAUUAAAUAUAUCCGAAGAAGAAGAAGAUGAAUCUAUGAAUAAAUCAAAAACCGAUCUUAUCACUACAUCAAAUACUUGGUCAGAAUUAAUUGAAAAUCUUCGUACAUCUUUACGUAAUGAUUUAAAAUUACCUCAUAUAUCUCAAAAUUGUCAAAUAGCGAUGAAUAGUAUUUGUGAAAAAAUUUCUUCUCAAGAUGAAAUUCAAUCAAUUGAUGAUUUGAAUGAAGAUGAAGAAGAAGAAUUACGUGAACAAUUAGAUAUGCACUCAGUUAUUGUUUCAUCAAAUAAUUUUCUUCAUGAACCUUUUCUUACAGCUGAACAAGUAAUUAGUGAAAUUGAUUUUAUGUUACAAGAUAUGACACCCGAUUCAGGUUAUUGUGAUGAUAUACUUGAUUUACAUACAUCACGUAUAAAUAAUAAUAAUGAAUUUCAAUUAAAAAAUCAAUCAAUUUAUAAUUUAAAUGAAUUAUAUGAAGAAUUAAAUACAUCUAUUAAAGAUUUAUCAAGUAUACUUGUACAAGAAUUAGCUUUACGAGAUGAUCUUGAAGAUGAAAAAGAAAGUAAAAAUACAUUUAUUUCACUUGUACUUAGUAUUCAAAACAAACGUCGACAUUAUCAAAAUGAAAAGCGUCAAAAACGUCGUUCUCUAUUUGGGAAUAGCAAUUAUAUCGAACCGGGAACUUAUUUAACAACAGUUAUUCCAUUUGAUCCUAAACAUCCAUCAUAUUUAUCUGUUGAACAUUUACAAAAUUUAAAUAAAAUUCUUCAAGCAAUUAAUGAAGAUAGUCCUCAAGUACCGGAAUUAUUAACAAAUUAUAUUCUUAAAGUUUUAUGUCCUUGUUAA